GUACGUCCUACGUGAUCACACAUCAGACGAGCUGUGUUGGAGAAUCAUGGCGGAGCGCAGGAGGCAUAAGAAACGGAUCCAGGAGGUGAGCGAGCCCACCAAGGAGGAGAAGGCGGUGGCCAAGUACCUCCGCUUCAACUGCCCCACCAAGUCCACCAACAUGAUGGGCCACCGGGUGGACUACUUCAUCGCCUCCAAGGCAGUGGACUGUCUGCUGGACUCCAAGUGGGCCAAGGCAAAGAAGGGAGAGGAGGCCGUGUUCACCACCAGAGACUCUGUGGUGGACUACUGCAACAGGCUGCUGAAGAAGCAAUUCUUCCACCGCGCUCUGAAAGUCAUGAAGAAGAAGCCAGAGAAGGACAUUAAGAAAGAGAAGGAGAAAGAGAAGGAGAAAGAGAAGGAGAAAGAGAAGGCUAAGGGCGACAGCGGCAAGGAAGAGGAGAAGAAGGGGAAGAAGGAGAAGAAGAAGGAUGCCAAGGAUGCAGAGGCUUCAGAUGUAAAGAAGGAGAAGAGUGACGAUAGCCCCGGAACACCAAAGAAGAAGAAAGAUGUGAAGAAGAAAUUCAAACUGGAGCCUCAUGAGGACCAGCUCUUCCUGGAUGGGAAUGAGGUAUUUGUUUGGAUCUACGAUCCAGUCCAUUUUAAAACCUUUGCCAUGGGACUGAUUCUGGUAAUUGCAGUGAUUGCGGCCACUCUCUUCCCACUGUGGCCGGCUGAGAUGCGUGUGGGCGUGUAUUAUCUGAGCGUGGCAGCAGGCUGUUUCGUGGCCAGUAUACUGCUGUUGGCUGUUGCUCGCUGCAUCCUGUUCCUGGUCAUCUGGCUGGUGACGGGCGGACGCCACCACUUCUGGUUCCUGCCCAACCUCACAGCCGACGUGGGCUUCAUCGACUCCUUCCGUCCGCUCUACACGCACGAGUACAAGGGCCCGCGGGGCUCUAGCAAGAAGAGCCAGGACAAGACUGAGGGCAAGACCAGCGAUGCAGAUGCCGCCAAGGCCCAGAAGUCAGACAGCGAGGAGAAGGAGGGUGACUGUGAGGAGGAAGAGGAGGAAGGUGAAGGAGAAGAGGGCACGGUGCCACAGGGGACGGAAGAAGGCGAGGUGACGAAGGGGGCUGAGCGCUCUGACACGGACAGCGACCGGCGGGAGGACGAGGGCUCGCAGCACAGCAACGGGAACGACUUUGAGAUGAUCACCCGCGAGGAGCUAGAGCAGCACACGGAGGAGGAAGAGGAGGAGGAGGAGGAAGAGGAGGAGGAAGGAGAGGGGGAGAAGGAAGGAGGAGAGAGGGAAGAGCAGGAGGGAGACGGUGAGACAAAGCCCUUGCCUGUUCAAACAUAAAUAUUUUAUCACUGCCACCUCCUUCUCCUCCACCCUAGUGCUCCUCCAAGGACCUCCUCCCACCUCCUCCAGGUCUCGUCAACCUCGCUGAGGAGACGCCUCCCCAUCUUGUCUGCUCCGAUCUUCCACCAACUAUACAGAUGUCACGUCUGUCUGAGUAUCGACACCGGUGACACAAAGCAAGAGAAGCCUUAUUGUGGUUCUAAAAUCCCCAUAUUAUUUAAACGGAGAAAUGCAAACUAUUAACUUAACAGAUGUGUUUGUCUGAGGAAGUUGUCACGUUGGUUCUCCUGAUGUUUUCCCUAUUUUUCCGGUACUUGCGUUAUGACUGUUAUCCCAGAUCAUUCUAGUUCAGACUCGUCCACUCUACACGUUUACUAUAGCAGAAAUGCUUCCCUUGUAUGUCUUGUUUUUGUUGUGAGGCAAAGUCUCUUGUCAAUUUCCACAGAUGAGGGAAUUAAAGAGCUAUGGAAUCCUUGUUUUUACUAGGCGAAAUACUGCCAUCUUGUCUAUCUACCCCUCAAAUCCAGACCUUGUCUUAUGAACAACGUGCGAUUUGUACAGUCAUGGUAAGGCUAAGCCCAGGGUUGUGUCCAGUAGGCGUGAAACACGGUAACAAAAUAAACACAUUUUCCUACUGAACACGACCGUGUACUUUGGUCCAUUGUCACCCAACUGGGCCACGGUCCUGUACUAGCUGAGGACUAGCAGUGGCCAACUGGGCUACGGUACUAGCUGAGUACUAGCAGUGGCCAACUGGGCUACGGUCCUGUACUAGCAGUGGCCAACUGGGCUACGGUCCUGUACUAGGCAGUGGCCAACUGGGCUACGGUCCUGUACUAGCAGUGGCCAACUGGGCUACGGUCCUGUACUAGCAGUGGCCAACUGGGCCACGGUCCUGUACUAGCAGUGGCAAACUGGCCCUCUGUACACAGUUCAGCUCUUGUUUUUAUGAGAGUGAGUCUGAUCUCUCCUAGGCAGCCAUCGAACGUUACGAUUGACCAACCGUUGGCUACGCCACUAUAACUAAUAUAUAAAUAAUAUAAUUUGAGAGACAGCUUUCUAGAAUAACUUAAUUUCUUUUGAGGCCACACACAUGCAGACAGCAAAGAUGGAAUGGGAAAACCCGUUUUAAAGUUUGUAUUCACCAUUUAAGAAUCAGACAUCGAAAUGAAAGUGCCAAACACGUUAAUUGUUACAAUGCAUGCUGGUUUCAUACGGGAAGACGUGUCAAAAGUGUCAGCAAGGGAUUUUGGUAAAUAUUAUUCAUUUUUGUAACGGUUGUGUCAAAUUCCAAACCUUUUACACCUUAUAAACGCAGUGCAGUAUAGGAGCUGAGACACUCGUGUGUAGACUUAAAUCCCCUUCUCCCUUCAAUUAUAUCUAAGCCAUGCAAAGCAGACAAUAUGUCCUCAAGCUUACUAUACUCAUUCUUACGAUCGCUUAUAAUAGUGUUGUCAGUUCAACUCGGGAUGCCCAUACUUUCAUGAUAGCUUUUGUUGUGUUGGCUUCAUUGGUAUUCUAGUCAGUGUAACUGACAGCGAUGGAGACCACUGUGAAUGCAUGGGGACUCCCAUCAGAAACCAAUGGGGUCGAGGUCCAAUUCUCCUCUCUAGUGUUGCAUUAUGGGGGGCUGUGGUCCAAUACUGUCCGUUCGUAAAGUUACGUUAUUUUUUGUCUAGAGUUGUUUUAGAUGCUAGUGAGGACGAUAUAAAAAAAAUAUAAAGAGAUGUCAUUUAUAUAAGGAAUUCUAUAUCAAAUAUAUUUUGAUGAAUUGAUAAAUUAUGAACCCAAUUUGUUCAACUUGAACAGAAUCCCUUUUUUUUGGGGGGUAUCACAACUUUUUCUUUUCAGCGUAAUGUUUAUUUGCUUUAUUAUACUUUUUUACUAUCAUUUUGACCACCAAUAGGCAUAUUGUCAAGAGUGUACUGUACUGUCAUUAUUGGGGACUGUCACACACCAGACAUUUUGAAUAUUUAAUGUGUGGAUAUAAAUGAUCAGAUGGACUACCUAUUUUUUUCCUAUUUGAUAUUGAUCGAUUUUGUCAUUUCUUUGAUUUUGUGUAGAGUAAUUUAUAUUGCUAGUUUUUCUAUGUUGCUACUUACUGCAAGUCCCACAAACAUGUUUUGUUUCUUGCCAUAAGAAUAGUGAAUGAUUAACUUGUGGUUGAGAAACCCGUUGGCAGAGCAUUGCAUAACAUUUUAUAAUACUGUUCCACACAAAAUGUUCAGGCUGGAAAGUUUUCCCCACCGUGGAAUGGUAGAGCAGAGCUUGUGAGAGCAAAGGGGGGAAAAAGUCACUUGAUGAUUCGGAUAUCCCACACUCUCUACACAGAUGGACCCAAUGUCUAGACUGAGGAGUAUCUUCCAGACGCUCGUACCCUUUUCACCACCAUCUUGCCGACCCGAACAAUAGUGCUGGCCGGUUCCUGGAACUAUGCUGGAUGCGUAAGCAGGCGGGCGCGGUACAGAUCGGUGAACGGCUCAGUAGUGUGAAAAGGGUACGAGCUCGUUGACCUCUGUAGGUCUCCAGCUUGUUUCUUCUUCAUCGUUGUGUUACCCUGAACUUUAUUCAACGGCGUGUGGCUCUUGUACAGGACAAGUGUACUACUUACAACAACACACUGUGUAGUUUGUCUCUUUGUAUCUUUGUUUGGGUUAUUUUUCAAUGCUUUUCUGUUUCCUGAUGUCUUCUGGAGAGCAAGUUGCCAGUAGCUGUAUUAUUACGAACUAUUUCAUGAAAAUCUCAAAUUGUUCUUGAGUGUUCUUAUUGCACAGUAUCAAUCUGUUGUAAAUUGUAGUAUUAAUCUAUACUGCUUUAUUCUGUCACAUUUCUGGAAGAAAAAGGAAGAUAACGUUUUAUCUGGUCAAAAUGUAUUUAGUCACUUAGUAGUUCAUAUUUGGAUCAAUAUCAUUGAGGACUGUCUCUUGCAAUAUUGCAAUAUAAUGUCAUUAAUUGGUUGUCUGGAAGUAUAUCUGUAUCUUAUCAUUGCAAUAAAAAUAUAGAAAGCA